UAUCGUGCUCGGUCAAAGUUAUCGCAUUCUGUAUUUACCCUUAACAAAAAAAUCACUUAAAUUUCAUUUGCGAUAAUUAACUUAUAUUUUGUGAAAGAAAUAACAACAAGAACAACAAAAUGCCCGAAACUGAACAAUUGCCCGAUGGAUGGGAGAAGCGCACCAGCCGCUCAACUGGUAUGAGCUAUUAUCUUAACGUGCACACAAAAGAGUCGCAGUGGGAUCAACCCACGGAACCGGCCAAGAAAUCCGGCUCUGCCAACACCAGCGGCGAUAAUCCCGAUGAAGUACAAUGCCUCCAUUUGCUGGUCAAACAUAAGGGAAGCCGUCGUCCCAGCUCGUGGCGUGAGGAGAAUAUCACACGCACCAAAGAGGAGGCGCAAAUGCUGCUCGAGGUCUAUCGCAACAAGAUCGUUAACAAUGAGGCCACAUUCGAGGAGCUAGCACGCUCCUACUCCGAUUGCAGUUCUGCCAAGCGUGGAGGCGAUUUGGGCAAAUUUGGUCGCGGUCAAAUGCAGGCACCCUUCGAGAAGGCAGCGUUCGCCUUGAAUGUGGGUCAAAUGUCCGGCAUUGUGGACACCGAUUCCGGCGUACACAUCAUAUUACGCAAAUCGUAAACUCACAUUAGAAAAUAAUAAAUAAACAAAAAAGAUAAAAAUGUACAAACAAAU